GGCCGACACCUCAUGAUGGCGGAUGCUCUGGAUAUGCACCAAGUGAGGGGAAGCUUCCCCUCCUUGGCAGGGGGGCAGGUGUACAUGGAUAACGCAGGUGGCAGCCAAGCGCUGGGAACGGUGGCCGAACGCAUUCGAGAUUACCUCCUGACCACCAACGUCCAGCUCGGGGCCACAUACGCCGCGGGCAAGACGGCCACGGACCGCUACAACGCGGGCUAUGCUGCGGCUGCAGAGUACAUCGGCGCCUCGAGAGGCGAGGUUGUAAUCGGACCAUCCACCACCCAGCUGUUCCGCAACGUCUCAUAUGCCCUGCGGUUCCAGGAAGGCGACGAGCUGAUCGUUUCUGCAAUUGACCACGAGGCCAACAUCGCACCAUGGGUCGACCUCGCUGAGCGUCAGAAGCUGGUUCUCAAGUGGUGGAAGCCCAGUUUCGGCGCCUCCAACGCGAGGACCAACCCCAAGCUGCUCGCCUCGGACCUCGCCGCUCUUCUCACUGACAAGACGCGGCUCGUGACUUGCACCCACGCAAGCAACAUCCUCGGCACCAUCCACGACAUCAAGGCCAUUGCGUCCACCGUGCACGACAGGAACCCCAAGGCCCUAGUUUGUGUUGACGCCGUGGCGUACGCGCCGCACCGCAGGAUCGACGUCAAAGACCUCGGCGUCGACCUCUACUCUUUCUCCUGGUACAAGGUCUACGGCCCGCACAUUGCCCUCCUCUACGCCAGCCCGCUGGCGCUCUCCACCCUGCACUCGCUCGGGCACUUCUUCAACCCGCACGUCACGCUCGAGAACAAGCUCGGGCUGGCCGGCGCCAGCUACGAGCUCGUGCACGCGCUGCCCGCCGUGACCGCCUACCUGGCGGGCAAGUGGGCCGGCAUCGCGGCGCAGGAGCAGCGGCUGCAGGCGACGCUGCUGGACUGGCUCAACGCGCGGGGCGACGGCGUCACCGUGUGGGGCGAGCGCAGCAGCGACCCCGCGGUCCGGGUGCCGACCGUUAGCUUCACCGUCCGCGGGUGGCGGUCGCGCGAGCUGGUCGAGGCGGUCGAGGCCGAGAGCCCGUUCGCCUUCCGCUGGGGCGCCUUCUACUCCAACCGGCUGGUCAAGGACGUGCUCGGCCUGUCGGACGACGGGGUUGUCAGGGUCAGUUUGGUGCAUUAUAACACGGUUGACGAGGUCAAGGGGCUUAUUGCGGCCCUGGAGAAGGUGCUGGCGAGGAGGAAGUGAGCGCCGCCGUGGGAUAGGUUGCCUCAACUCUGGCUCGGGGGGGCAGUGAGGCCGUUUGCUGAGACGAGACGCACCCGCCAGUUUUCGGAGCUACCAAGUUACCUCCCACACUUGGAGUGAAGAGUUUGUUGGUGGUCUCAACACAGAUGCUUUAGCCCUGCAGAAACUUGGCCUCUUGGUUUGGAGAUGUCUAGAAAGCUCCACGGCAAUGAACAGAUAUUCAAGCGCU